AUGUUGACCAACUAUCUUGUUAUGGCCAUGAUCGCCACUAGCAUCUCGGCACUCCCUUUGAACAUCAACCUUGGCGCCUAUUCACCUGCCUUGGUAGUCGGUGAUGGUGAAAUAUCAUUCGGAGGGAAAGCAGAUGUAUCGAACCUCAUGAACGCGCUCGAAGGAGCCGCUGUUAAUGGCGCCGCUACAAACGGUGCCGCAGCGAACGGUGGUGCCGCCGCCACCACCCCAACACAAGCACAAGCAGCACCAGCCGUAGCUGCCGCACCCGCCGCCGCCGUUCAGGGAGCUACCGAAGACAAGACCGAAGCUCAAGUAACAGCACUCCAAGGAAUGGGCAAGGAAAUUGCACCCCGUGUUGUCAAGCUCGAGAGAUCGGAUGUAGACAGAGCCGCAAAACGUGACAUUCAAACCUUGACUGCCGCUCUCAACUACGCUGCCGGUGCCAUCAAGACCAGCCCCGAAGUCCAACUCGGAACCGAAGAGUCUGGUGUUGGUAUUCUCGUCAAAGCUGGAGGCACCGGAGGAACCGCUGCCGCUGCUGGUGCAGCAAAGACCAAGAUGGGUAAACGUGAGGACGGUGUUGCCGACCCCAAGAUGAAGACUACUGUCACAACCAUGUUUAUUCGUGGUGGACCAGCUGUUGGACAAACAAAUUCCAUCUCCACAGUCCGCAACGUCGAAGAUAUCAACGGCUCAGCAGUCACUAAGCGUGAACCAAGCCCAGGUAUUGAUGGUGUUAACCUCAAUAUGGUCGAGGGAUCAGUUGCCGAGCUCACUUUUGUGGAGACAAGGAGUGCAGAUGAUGAGGAAUAG